AUAUCUGUACUUACUUUACAUGUAGGUAAUUCCAAAAAGGCUCGUACAAUAAAAAAGAAGGAUCAAUUAUUGAUAAACCAAUCGUCCCUGGAGAAUUCACUAGAAAAGAAAGGAGAAGCUGCAGAAGAUGAAGUUUAUGAGAUGUCUUCAGGGGAUGAAGAUAGCUCUAAAGGAAUGAAAAAGUGGAUUAUGGAAUACCAUCAGAGUAGACCUGGACUCAAAGUGCUGCAAGAAAGGAUAGAUGACUUCAUAGCUGCUCAUGAGGCACAAGAGGAGCAGGCAAGAAGAGAAAGGGAGGCCAAAGCUGCAGAAGGUGGAUGGACUGUCGUCGUACACCAUAAGGGGAGGAAAAAGACAUCUGAUGCUGAAAGUGGAACUGUUGUGGGCUCGGUUUCCCAGGCUGCUGUUCUAGAUAAGCUGGCAAAAACGAAGAAUAAAGAUGCAGGCCCAGAUUUCUACAGGUUUCAGAAAAGGGAAGCCCACAGAAACGAGAUUAUGAUGCUGCAGAGCAAAUUCGAGCAGGAUAAAAAGCGGAUACAACAGAUGAGAGCUGAAAGGAAAUUUCGACCGUAUUAGAACCUUUUAUCCCAGAACAAUAUCAAGCGAUGAACUGAAAUGCUCCAGGGAAUUGGAUUCUUUUCUCCUUCCAAUGCUAUGCCGUUUGUUGGAUCAACUGGAGAUGGACUUGCUCAUGUUGGAAACUUGUAAUUCCAUUUUUCUGUUUCCUCUAUAAAGGCAUGUUUGACUGAGCGUAAAAGCACAAGUUUUGAGAAUUAUUUCCUCAUUUUAAACUUUAUGUCACAUGAAAAAGUUUUUUAUUUUAAAUGAGACUUUUCUCUGAAGGUUCAGACCGAA